CUUCUUUUUCUCCCACUAAGUACUCUUCGCUGCCAUGGUGGCCCAGAACGUUCUGAUCGGCACAGCAGUCGCUCUCGUUGUCAUCAUCGCUGUUGUCAUUCCAGUCGCGAUCUUGGUACCAAAAAACAACGACAGCAACAGAAGCGGAAUUUCUGCUUUGACCGAAGCGCUUCCAGGCGGCACUAACUUUCCAACCAUUUUACCAAGUUCUUUUCCAUCGUUGAGACCUUCGGAUCUUGAGCCUUCCGCCAGUCCUUCCAUUGGACCGUCCGCUGCACCUUCCGAUUUUCCCUCUGGAUCUCCGUCGGCCCAACCGUCGCCGUCACCAACGUCGGCGCCGACAUUGCCCCCUGUCGAUCCCAAUUUUGAGUUUAACCUGAUGAUGCACUGGGAGCGCGAAUUCUUCUGGCAAGAAGAAUAUACGGAGCGCACGUGGUGUAUGGAAUGCAUGAAAUGCAAUGAACUUUCGGGAGCGGACGGCAACUCCGGAUGUCGUGAUAGCAACUCGAACAGCUUUGACUGUGACAAUAAGGACCAGCUCUGGUUGCAGGACUGUGGUGGUCGAUCCAAGGGUACUGCGGUCUUUACUAUCGUACGCCACGACUCGUCGGAUCAGAUUCGCGUGCAGGGAUCAGAUCUGUGCCUCACGCUGGUGCGUCCGCGAUUCAUCAACCUACAGCCUUGUGACGAGGCUGACAUUUUGCAACGUUUCCGAGGCUUCGACCGCAAUCAGCCAUUUGACUUGCGCCCAGUGCUGAACGACGAUGGCUGCCUUACGCAGUCACAUCAUCCCAGAGCUGGCGAAGUCAUCUUUAAUGGUGGUUGUGAAUUGGCUUACUUUUGGAAUACUGCACUCUGGGAUGCCAUUCCCGCCUAAGUACUUGUUGUCAGUGGCGAUGCCCUCAGCGUUGAAUGCCGGUUCUUGCACGGAUUCGAUCUCAUUCUGGUUGGAUGUUUCGACGAUCUCCUAGUAUUGGACGACUAACAUUAGACGCAUGCUAAUCGUAGUAAACAGAAUCUGUCCGAACCC